AUGGCUUCAGGUGCCAGCGGGAUCCCCAGUGCCACGCCACAAAAGCGUACGGCAGCACAGGAUGAGGUGGACAGAUCAUGCCAGAAGGUGCAGUUCCAGCAGAUAUUUGCAUCGCGCAAGGGCUCCCACUACAUACAGAUCCAGACUAAGGAGACUACUGAGCAUACCGGCACGCCAGACCAGAACAGAGCCAGCCAGGCCAUUGAUGAGCUGGAGCGAUUUUACCAGGAACAGCAACGGCAGACCAGCAAUGUCAUCCAGGCCGGGGAGCACGAUGAAGCCAACCCAUGGCUGCGGCGGACCAGAUGGCCGGUGUACUUGACCAACAUCGCACCCAAUGAUCUGGUCAACUGCGUCCAGCGGCCCGAGGAUGACACCACGUGCCCAGAUGAACUGGCCGCGAGGGCCAUCUGGGAGGCCAUGGGUCAGGUUGCCCGUACCAGCCAGCGAGUCAUCACACGGCUGGGCCACUUCGUCCGCAUCGAGGCCAUCCGCACAGAGCGACACCAGACCCGGCACACCCCGUUGCAGGCGUACAUGGACGAGGAGAGCAUCGCCGAGCACGUGAGGCCAUGGCAGCAGAUGUUGAUGUUAUUCGCCCGAACGCAGGUCGAGCAUGAAUGGACGAGCCCACAGUACCGGUUCACACCACGGCAGCGCAAGACAUGGAGGGUAUUAUGGCAGGUAGCCACCACAGAGGGAGCCGACCAGCGACACUCCAUCAGCCCAGACCCCAUGGAUGAGCAGAUGACUGAGGAAGAAGAAGAGGAGGAGGAGAAGGGACAGAGAGAUACGCAGUCAGAAGAAGAAGAUAAGUUCAAAUUAACCAAGAUCCAGAUGGCAUGUUUGGAUUUUUGCAUUGAGCUGCUGAACCAGCGGGUUCAGGUGGAGGAUUAUGAGUGCGCGCUGGUAGACGCGUUGGCGGUGCUGGGACGGGGGGAGUAUGGAUGGCGCGACGCGGAGAGCUACCCACCAAUAUUGUCAUGGAUCAUCAAGGUGGCACGGUUAUGCCACACGGUGCUCAACGACCAAGUCAACUUCCGGCCCCAGAUGCAACAGCUAGGCAAGCUGCUGCCGGUCAAGACACAAAUG